AUGGUGAAGCGAAAAGUUGUAUUAAAAGAGGACACAAAAGCUGAGGAUGCUAAAACUAAUGGUGUAGUUACAAAAAUUGAAGCCGAAUCGAAUGGGACUUCAAAUGGGUACACGAGGAAGUUCCGAGGAGAUGAAACAGACUCUGACGAUGAAGCUGUAAGUUAAUUUCUUUUUUAUGUUUGAGUUUUUAGGCAUUUAAAUUAGACUUCAUUUCAAACUUGACAUUGAUAUAGGGAAAAGCAAUUUUGCUGUUUUGAUUGCUAUACUUAAUCUUAACUAAAGAUUUUGUAAAGGAUAUUCAUGAUGCUGUUUUUCAGGAUCUAAGGAAUACGAUUGGCAAUGUUCCUAUGCAAUGGUACGACGACUAUGAUCAUAUUGGUUAUGAUUGGGAUGGAAAGAAGAUUGGAAAACCUGAGGGCUUUAAAAAAGGCGAAAUCGACUCGUUUUUGGAACGAAUGGAUGAUCCUGAUUAUUGGUAAGGAAUUUUGGUAUUUUUUAAAUGUUAAGAUUCAAGCACUUUGAAGUAUCUUAAACUUACCUUCUUACGUCUAAAACAACAUAUUGUUUUAGGCGUAAAGUAUACGACCGUCAAACAGGCCAAAUGGUGACAUUGACAGAUGAACAAGUCGAGAAGCUUCAACGUAUGACUUCUUACCGUUAUGCUGAUCCAACAUACAAUCCAUACGAACCUUUUGAAGACAUUUACUGUGACAAGAAGGAAAUUCAUCCGAUUUCGAACAAGCCAGAAGACAAAAGAAGUUUUAUUCCAUCAGAAGCUGAACGAAAGAUUGUUGGUCGAAUUCUGCAUGCUAUGAAAAUGGGGUGGAUAACAAAAGAAAAACCAAAGCCCAAGUUAACAUACGAUCUAUGGGAGGCUGAAGAUGAUGAACCCAAGUCAAAGCGAGAAUUAGCUAGGCUGAGAAUGCAUUGUCCUGCGCCGAAAGUGGGUAAUCCAGGGCAUGCUGAAUCAUAUAAUCCACCAGCUGAGUAUCUGAUGACAGACGCUGAGAAGAAGAAGUACGAAGAUACGGAACCAGAGUUGAGGAAACAGAACUUUGUGCCAGAGAAGUACGACGCUAUGAGGAAGGUUCCAUUCUAUGACCAAUUUUAUAGAGAAAGGUUCGAAAGAUGUUUGGAUCUGUACAUGGCUCCAAGACAGGUUAAAAUGAAGUUGAACGUGGAUAUUAAGGACCUUUUGCCAGAUCUACCCAAUCCUAAGGACCUUCAACCUUUCCCAACUACAUUGGGAUUCGUAAGUUUUAGUUUUUAUGGAAAAAAGGAUUCACAUUUCGUUUCUUUUUCAAAAUAAAUAUCUGUGCAAAGUAUCAAAAACAUCAAAAAUAUUCUUAAAUAAUCUAAAACCUCUAAUUAUAGUACAUGCGUGGCCAUGUAGGACAAGUACGCUCCCUAACAACAGAGCCAACUUGUGGUGAAAUCCUAGUCUCAGGUGGCGAAGACAAAACGGUACGAGUAUGGUAUGUACCAACCGGUCGAUGCCUCAAAACCUUCAAGUUUGACGCUCCAGUCACUUCAGUACAAUAUACACCGGAUGCCGAGAAGACACUGGUACUUGUUGGUACCGAAUCCAACAAACUCACGUUGUUAAACAUUGAAGCUGGUGAUAAGCUGAAGGUUCAACAAACAAAAGAGUUUUUGAACAAUUUGGAUGUGAGUAUGUGUCGUGCUGACAAUCCAGAAGCACCCAAAUGGAGCAGAACCAAGGAAGGAAACAUUGAAGUGGAGGUGCCUGGGGUAAGAGGUUUAAUUUUGAAAAUAUCUGGUUCAAAUUAGUUUUCAUAUUACUUUAAUUUCAACAUAAGGUAAAAUACGGAAGUUUAAGAAUUUAAAAUCACAAAUCUGACCUAAAAUAUUUCCAGAAAGUCCGUCAAGUCACCUGGCAUCGCAAAGGCGACUUCUUCGCCUCGGUCGGCUUCGAACACGGUGCCAAACAAAUCAAUAUUCACCGUAUUUCCCAAUGCAAAUCCCAACAACCCUUCUCAAAGUCGAAAGGUCAAGUCCAAUGUGUCCUGUUCCAUCCCACAAAGCCUCACUUCUUCGUGGCCACACUACAACAUAUUCGUCAGUAUGAUCUGGCCAAAUGCCAACUUCAACGUAAGAUUCUGACCGGCUCCAAAUGGCUGUCGACGAUACAAAGCGACAACUACGGAAACAAUCUGUUUGUGGGUGGAUUGGACAGAGUAUUCAGUUGGAUUGACCUGGAGUUGAGUAAUAAACCAUGGAAGACCUUACGAUCACAUACAUCGGCGGUUAGGGCACUUACGGUACACAAGAAGUACCCAUUGUUGGCUACGGUCUCGGAUGAUACUUCAGCUAUUGUUUAUCAUGCCAGAUGCCCUCAGGUGAGAAUUUUUGGGUUUUUUCAAUUUUUUAUAUGUAAUUUUUAUUUGAACUUGUGCUUUUCAAGAUAAAAAAUAUUAAAUUUCAAAAAAAAAUAAGAUCUAAAUUUAAUUUAAAAAGGCUUUUUAUUACCUAAAACACUAAAAAUGAACUUUAAAAUCUUCAAAUUUAAAAAAAUAACCCAAAAUCUUCAGGACUUUGACAAAGAAAACGAGUUGGUCCCAGUAAAACGUCUCUUCGGCCACAAGCAUCAACAAGAAGAGCUAAAAUCGAAGGAUCAACUAGCCAUGUUAUGUGCCGCUUUCCAUCCUACUCAACCAUGGCUGAUGACUGGAGGCCAAGAUGGCCAAAUUGGACUCUUCAUUUAUUGA